AACGUCGUAUUUUAAUAGGCUGGAAUGUCAAACGAAUCAAGCUGGCAUUACAUCAACGGUCUCAUUGUAAAGAGGUAUGUUGAAAAUCAACUAUUACAACUUGGUAAAUUGAUUUAAGCACAAUUAGUGCAGCCAUGUUUUUUUUUCUUCUGUAAUCAAUGCUACUGUGAGUGUGAAUUAUCACAUGUCAGGAAUGUUAGAUACAGUAUAAUGACAGACUCAGCCAAUUCUGUUUUAGCAGAAAGUAAUGUAAUUAGUUGAACUGCUCUUGGCCAAAGUUUUUAGCUUGUCUCUAGACAUUUAGAAUCUUGUUGUAAACAAAGUAUGUCUGGACAGUUAUUGGCAUGCAAAUUCUUAAGAUAAACAGCGCGAGGAUUACACAUGCUCGACUAACGGUGAUACAAAGACAAGACAUGGAAAACCUAGACAAGGAUAUCAACAUUCGACAUACUUGUUGAUUGACCGGUGGCCUAGUAAUUGACUCAACAUGACACGAUGGACGUCAUGCGAUUUCAGACAUUUUUCAAACAAGUCAUCUCAUUCGUCACAUUUUUAAUUUUUUUUCAAGAACUUGUAUCGAUGAUAGUUACAUCUGCUUACCCUGUGGUUAUCGCAAGUGGGGGAAGGGUGAGAAACCAAACAUUCCGGAAGCUUUCUAGCCUUUUCCAGUGUGCAGAGUGGUCCUACAAGUCAGUGCGUCUACUUUUUUAAAUUGUUAGUUCCUUUUGUUAUACUUUAGGUGGAGAUGAUGAAAUCGUCUAUCAAAUCAGGUAUUUUUAAAAACAAAAAAAAAUGUAUGACAUACGUCUUAUUGUAAAAAAAUAAUAAUAAUUAACUAACAAGCAUCGUAGCUAAUUACCCAAAGAAUGUAUUGCUUCGAAAUUAUUUGUCCACACAUUUUUAGAACCUGCCAAGGAAAAUGACAGGUGACAUGUGUAAAUGUAGUAAAUUGAGUAGAUUGGCGGCAGUAUAUGGAUGGAGUUUUGAAGGUGGCAAAAGGUAACUUGGCCGUUGAAACGAUUUAAGAAAAUAAACAAUGGUUAUGUUUACGGUGGAAUUGUUUACAAAGAUUCAAACGCCGUAAAAGAAACUAUUUCAGUUGGCUACCUUUUACAAUUAACAAAAACGUUACUUGUCUGGCAGCUGAAAGGGAAUGCCAAAAGUGACUAGGUAGUCAAACGACUUGAAAAGGAGGAGGAGACAUUCAGUCCGAAUCACGAUAAGCACACGAAUUGGAUGAGCCAGAAAGAAGAUCACUAUAAAACAUUUCUUGACAGUCGUUAGACGAUCAGCCGAUGGUGAACUUCAAGUGUCAGCGGAUUUUUUGUUUUCAAAUACGGAAUACAGUGUAGCUUCGCCACCUGAAAUCGCGUUUGAAUUUAAAGUGACUUUUAGUCUGAAUAAGCAUUUUUGACGUUCACCUCUUGAAAUGGUCAAAUCAGUGCUAGAAUGUCUGCUGUUCGUAUUUUUAGCUACGUCGGUAAUAACUUCGUGUUUGGCGACUGCUGUCGGUGAUCCUGCCCUCAAUUCCAAACUGUCUUCCAAAAAUCCUGUAGAACCUGUUAAAAGACUAAGAAGCCGUGAGGGACAAGCUCUCCAAUCCGAGGUCUCAUAUGCCAAUUAUUUCCCAGUACCAACUCACCGUUACCCUACACCGGCAUUUAUGUCAUCUGGAAUUAGUUAUCCUCCGUUUGACCAACCAUCGACCUAUGGCAAUUUUUAUCCCAUACCUGCUCCAGCCCUGUACCACAACCCACACCAAGUCCCUGUGACCCCGCCAUUUGAGAAUUUAGCUCAUGUUGCUGAGAAAUACUACCCCACAUUCAACGAUUUGGCUCCUUAUUUGAAAUCCCCUGGAAAUAUUGCCUCCCGGGUGUGGCAGAAAAUUCCUCCUGUGCGUCAAAUCGCCGAUAGGACGAUCAAAGCCAUCAGUUCAGUUGUUGGACUGACUGUUAUAGUUCCUGCCAUCAUACUAACAGCUGUUUUAUUCGUGGCAUUUUUGGCGAUCCUGUCUCUUUUCCCAGCCGUGUCGGCGUUUGGACGCAGAGACUUUGGUCGUGAUUGGUCUACCUUAAACGAGCUCAAUGACAUCCUUCACUUUGAUCGCUUUCUGCCGUUACAACAGUCCAGGGCUUUAGCUUCUUUAGCUGCUCGUGUCCAUGGAGUCCUCGAAACCUACAUGGAUGGUUUCAAGAGCGAUGCAUGCCUCGAAAGAUAUUCUUGCGAAGCAGGAAAAAUGACUAGCCGGCUAGGCAAGUUUACAGAGCCAGUUAUUUCGUUUUUGGAGCCUCUAGUUCCUUCUUACUUGUACAGAAAGCUGGAGGCGUUCAAAAACGGUGCCCGUAGUGGCCUGAUGGCCGAAUGCCAUGAAUUGAGAUGCAGCCUUUCCUUUUUUGGAUGAAAACAAUUUUUCGUUGCCAAAAUAGUACAACUUUCAAGAUUCUUUUAAUCUUGUGUUUGUUUGUUUUUUACCAUGCACCUCUUGUUUUUAAUUUAUGAGACUUUGAAAUCGUGUCUUUUACCUAUUUAAAAAAUGCCAAGCAAGCUGAUCUUGUUGUUUUAUUUAUUAUACUAUUUAUGUUUUAUUAUUGUUUUAUCAUUUCUCAUCAGAGAGGCAGAUAAUACAAAGAACGUCAUGGUUAGUACAAAA